AACGCCCUUCCCAUCCUGCCCGACCAAAAUCAAUGCAAACACCAUAUCAUAUCAGAUCCAUCCAUCUGGAAUUCUGGAUUGGUUGGACUCUCCUCCUCUUUGCUCCAUUCAAAUGUUCAAAUACUCCCAGCAUUGCUGAGCUGAAAUUCCCCAUCUUGAAUCGCUCGCCGCAGCACCAGUGCGCAUUGCAUCUAGCUCGAAUCGAGCUCAUGGCGAGGCUCGAGGCGGCGGCGCUGCUGCUGGCCGCGGCGGCGGCUGCGCUGUUGGCCACGGCGGCGGAGGGGCUGGGCGUGAACUGGGGCACGCAGGCGUCGCACCCGCUGCCGCCCAAGGUGGUGGUGCAGCUGCUCAAGGACAACGGCAUCAACAAGGUGAAGCUCUUCGAGACCAACCCGGAGGCCAUGAAGGCGCUCGCCGGCAGCGGGGUCGAGGUCAUGCUCGCCAUCCCCAACGACAUGCUCCACCGCAUCGCCGGCGACUCGGCCGCCGCCAGGGACUGGGUCAAGCGCAACGUCAAGCGCUUCGACUUCGACGGCGGCGUCGUCAUCAAGUACGUGGCUGUGGGCAACGAGCCAUUCUUGGCAGCGUACAAGGGGUCGUUCAUGAAGGUCACCUUGCCGGCGCUGGAGAACAUCCAGAACGCGCUCAACGACGCCGGCAUCGGCGACCGGAUCAAGGCGACGGUCCCUCUCAACGCCGACGUGUACAACUCCCCGGCCAGGAACCCCGUGCCGUCGGCGGGCCGGUUCCGCGCCGAGAUCUCCGGCGUCAUGACGGACAUGGUCAAGUUCCUGGCCAAGAACAAGGCGCCCUUCACCGUCAACAUCUACCCCUUCCUCAGCCUCUAUCUCGACGACAACUUCCCCCUGGACUUCGCCUUCUUCGACGGCGGGGCGACGCCGGUGAACGACAACGGUGUGAUGUACACCAACGUGUACGACGCCAACUUCGACACGCUGGUCGCGGCGCUGGCGGCGGUGGGGCACGGCGACAUGCCGAUCAUUGUCGGCGAGGUGGGGUGGCCCACGGACGGCGACAGGCACGCCAAGGCGUCCUAUGCGCGGCGCUUCUAUGACGGGCUGUUGAAGCGGCUGGCGGCGAACCGCGGCACGCCGGCGAGGCCGAACCGGCAAAUCGAGACGUACCUGUUCGGGGUGGUGGACGAGGACCGGAAGAGCGUGCAGCCAGGCAGCUUCGAGCGGCACUGGGGCAUCUUCCGGUACGACGGGCAGCCCAAGUUCGCCAUGGACCUCAGCGGGCAGGGCCGAAACACAAUGCUGGUGCCGGCCAAGGGCGUGCAGUACCUGUCCAGAACGUGGUGCGCGCUCAACCCCAAGGCCAGCAGGGACGAUCUCAACAAGCUCCUCGGCGCCAAGAUCGACUACGCGUGCAGCAACGCGGACUGCACGACGCUGGGGUACGGCUCGUCGUGCAACGGCAUGGACGCCAGGGGCAACGCCUCCUACGCCUUCAACGCCUACUACCAGACGCAGAGCCAGGAGGACGAGGCCUGUGACUUCCAGGGCCUCGCGCUGCCCACCCAGACGGAUCCCUCCACGGCGACGUGCAACUUCACCAUCCAGAUAGCCACCUCGGGGGCGGCGGCAGCAACGCAGCUCGGCGUGGCGCCGGCGGCUGCCGCCCUGCUGGUGGCGUUGCUCCAGCUCUCACUGUUGUAGUGGUAGUGUUUGGCAUUCCCGCGGUUGAUUUGUUCAUAAGAUCAAUUGCCACUGUUGAUUUGUUGCAGUUCUUUUCAGCGCAUUAGGCUUUCUUUUGUACUACUGGAUUACAGAAGUAAAGAUCAAGGUGCGAUUUAGGACA